GGGCUUCACGAGCAAUAGAUAAAGAGAAACCCUAACCCUAAAUUCAAAACCCUAAUCCCCACUUCAUCUCCAUCUCCAUCUCCAUCCCCACUUUCAACCAAAAGGAAACCCUAGUGCGGAGCAUCCGAGAUGCAGCACGACGAAUUGAUAUGGCAAGUUAUCAGGCACAAUCACUGCAGCUUCAUGGCCAAGAUCACGACGGGGAAUUUUUGUAAGAAUCCGUAUAAUGCCACGGGCAUCUGCAAUCGAAGCUCUUGCCCACUUGCCAACAGCCGUUACGCCACCAUCCGCGACCACGAAGGGGUGUUUUACUUGUACAUGAAAACUAUUGAAAGGGCUCAUAUGCCAAAUAAACUAUGGGAAAGAGUUAAACUACCAAGGAAUUAUGAGAAGGCACUAGAAACUAUUGAUAAGCAUCUGGAAUACUGGCCUAAAUUGCUUGUGCACAAAAUCAAACAGCGUUUAACUAAAAUGACACAGUAUCGGAUUCGCAUGAGGAAACUUGAAUUGAAAGUGAGGGAGAAGAUCAUGACGGUGCCUCGGAAAGUGAAGAAGAGAGAGGCUAGGAGGGAGGAGAAGGCUGAAAAGGCUGCAAUUCUAGAUAAGAGUAUUGAGAAGGAAUUGUUAGAACGGUUAAAGAAAGGUGUUUAUGGUGACAUUUACAAUUAUCCUGUUCAAGCAUACACUAAUGUCCUCGAAAUGGAGGGGCUACAACCAUCUGCCGAAGAAGAAAAAGAAGAUGAAGAAGAACCUGAGAUAGAGUAUGUUGAAGGUUAUGAUGAACUUGAAGAGGAAGAGGACAUGGAAGAUUUCGGCCGUUUUGUAGAGGAUGAUGAUUAUGACAUGAAUGAGGAUGAUGACGACGAUGACGAUGAGAUGGAUAAAUCAGACCAGCCGGUUCUGAAGAAAAUGCGACAAGGAAACAAUGAUAAUGACCUUGCUGGCAAAAAAUCGAAGAAAAAGGGGAAAGUACUCAUUGAGGUUGAGCAUGACGAUGACAUGGCAUCUCGGCAAAAAAGUCUUAUGUGAGAUUGAGGUGAAAAGCCUUAUGAUCCAUCCAUUUUUGACUUCGGCCUGAUUUGUUUCGACGGAAGCUUGCUUGCCUGCUCUUGGAGAGUAUAUAUGCUCCACCAUCCUUCUUCAACCUUAAAUUUUUAGGAUUAAUUGGAUUUAGCAUAUUGAAGGUUUGAUGUAGUGUAUGUUGGCAAUAGUAAUCUGUUUCUUAUGUAUUCAAUUUAUUUUCAUUUCCAAAUUUUUUACAGAGAAUAUUUGGUUGUUUGAAUGACGAGGUAAAACAUUCAAAGUUGCAAACUUUUACUUUUUUUUUUAGUUAUUAAAAUUAAUGGAAUUUAUGUAUUUUUGUCCCUUUUA